UUUUCUUUUCUUUUUGUUUUUCGUCUGAAUUGGAAGCAAUCUCAGAAAACUAUGCCUUUCGUCCCCAUGCGAGACACCCUUGUUUAAAGUCUCAGUUUUCCCCCCUCCCCUGAGAGUGUGGCUCGCAAGCCUUAUAAGAAGCACGUCCGUUAUAUACAUCCAAACACAAGGAGGGGCAACGAUGGAGGAAGUGCUCACGAACUCGGUACCCUUGACGUUUCGGGAGGCAGCAUCAGGCAUCCUUGGAUCAAUAUCUUUGGCUUGUUGGAUAUUUCUCCUAGUCCCACAAUUGAUAGAAAACUACAGAUGCGGGAGCGCAGAAGCCAUAUCAAUCACAUUCCUUCUUGUAUGGUUCCUAGGCGACUUGACAAACCUGAUCGGCGCGCUGUGGGCUCACUUGGUCCCCGUCGUCAUCGCCAUUGCGGUCUACUUUUGCAUAGCAGACGGCGUCCUGAUAAGCCAGUGCGUCUACUAUAAUAUUCAGAAUGCACGCAGAGCUGCUCGCUACCGCCGCUUAUCGAGCACAGUUUCUGACACCCCUGAUCCGACUACGCCCCUGCUGAGCCGACGGAUGAGUGAAAACACGGGCCUUCCCGGGUCGCGGCGAAGAUCGUCUGCCUCAUUGCGACGAAUGAGUAGCCACCGCUCUGCGGUCCAACGGAGAGAUUCGUUGGCAAAGAUUUUGGAGGAGACGGAACCAAGAAGCGUUUGGCUGAAGAAUAUAUCCAGCGUUUUGGGAAUCUGCGCGACGGGUGUCGUAGGCUGGGCUAUUGCGUGGCAAACGGGGGUGUGGAAACCCGUUGCGCAAACUGGACCUGAACGUUCUGGAGAAGUUGCGCUAGGAGCGACAAUUUUGGGAUAUAUCAGUGCGAUUUGCUAUUUAGGUGCGAGAAUUCCACAAAUUAUUAAGAAUUACAGGGAGAAAUCCUGUGAAGGGCUUUCAUUAUUAUUUUUUUUAUUCUCUUUGUUAGGCAACGCAUCAUAUGGCGCAGGGAUUUUGUUUCAUUCAACCGAAAAGGAAUAUUUCAUCACCAAUCUCCCGUGGCUUAUCGGAUCUCUAGGUACCAUGGUGGAGGACGUCACAAUUUUCGUGCAGUUCCGUAUAUAUGCCAACCCCAAUGGAUCGUCGGCCAUCGUAUAAUGCAAAGCGGGUUUCUCUUGAUUCCUUUACCUUGUAUAUAUGUGUAUCAUUAAAAAAAAAAGGCGGCAUAGAAGGGAAACCAGCGACGGUGCACAUUCACUUUUAUUUGGCGAUAGCGCUAGCUCAUAACGACAUGACAUAAAAACAAGUAAUCAUAUC